GGAGCCCCGCAUGGAUGGGUAUGUUAGGUACCCGGAGCGCUUUCUUGAUGGAAAGAUUUGAGCGGCUUGGUGACUCAAAGGAUAUGGAAUCGGCUACCGGUAUUCACGAGGAAAUAAUGAGAAGGACCCGCACUGGGGACCAGGUCCGUACAAGGGCACUUGCAAACCUUGGGACUGUAUUAUGCAGAAAGUUUGAGCAGACAGGAAACCUUGGAGACCUGCAACAAGCCAUUAAGCACACCGAAGAGGCACUAGAUGCGACCUAUGUAGAUCAUCCCGAUCGAGCAAUUACACAGAGUAACCUGGGUGCAAUGUACCUCAGAAGGUUUGAGCAGAUGGGGGACCUUGGGGACCUCCAGAAAGCGAUCAAUCACAGCGAAGAGGCACUAGCUGCUAUCCCUCAAGAUCACCCCAAGCGGGCGGGUAUACACAGUAACCUGGGAACCUGGUUGUCUAAGAGGUUUGAGCGAAUAGGAGACUUUGGAGACCUCCAAGAAGCCAUUAAGCACACUGAAGAGGCGCUAGCUGCAGCCCCUCACGAUUACCGCGAGCGAGCGAUCCUGCACUAUAACCUAGGAAGCAUAUUCCUAAGCAGAUUUCAGCAGAUAGGAGACCUUGGAGACCUUAAGAAAUCGAUCACGCACGCCAAAGAGUCACUAGCCGCCACUCCCGAAUAAUGAAAAUAAAGAUCGUAUUUGGUAUCUUCUGCGCACUGGAAGCUUUCGUCUUUCUGACCGGCUGAACUCAAUUCUGACUUUCCCUCUGAUGACUUCUGUUCUUCGCUACCUUACACCAUACAGUUCUCCGGUAAACCCUCAGCUUUAUAUACAUCCAUAAGAUAGCUUCUUCCUUCCAGACCACUUUCCUUUGUCAUACACAUACUCCUUUCUUUUUUAUUCUUCCGGUUUCCAAAGACUCCCUUCUACCCCGCUUUCCUAACCAAUCACUUUCUCCCAUGCCUCCUCAUGGGCACACAUUCCUUGUUCCAUAAUGCCAGUCCAGAAUCUCCCCAUCAGAAAAAUAUCCCCUCGAACCUUCCAUCUUGCUUAUUAACUUGCUUCUAAGCAUUACAAAUCUGCAACACCUCCGGAAAUAUCUCCGGACCACUAAAUGUGAUGCACAGGAGAAAAACUAGUACUUGGAGUACCGGUGAUUUGCAAUACCGAAGACCACCCCGAUCGAGCAGGUAGACACAGCAACCUAGGGAACAUACUCUCUAUAUGGUUUAGGCGGACAGGAGACAUUAGAGACCUCCGAAAAGCUAUUAAGCACUGCGAAAAGGGAUUAUCUGCUCCCCCCCUAAAUCACCCCGAUCGAGCGGGUAGACAAAAUAACCUCGGAAUUAGGCUCUUUGAGAGCUUCGAACAGAUAGGAGACCUUAGAGACCUCCAAAAAGCCAUCAAGCACUGCAAAGAGGCACUAGGUGCUACCCCCAAUAAUCACCCUGAGCGAGCAGACCGGCACAGUAACCUAGGGAACAUGCUUUUUGUGAGGUUCGGGCAGAUAGGAGACCUUGGAGACCUCCAAAAAGCUAUUGAGCACCUCGAAGAGGCACUUGCCGCUACUCCUAAAGAUCACCCUAAGCGUGCAACAGGGUAUACCCUCCUAGGUAUACUAUUAGAAUCAAGGUUCAAAAGGUUACACUCCGCUGAAGACUUAAACAAAAGCCUGCGCCUAUACCACGACGCCCAUGAAUUCCGCACUUCACCGCCUAGGGAGCGGGUUAAGGCGGCUCGCAGAGCAGGUUCUCUAUUAUUUUCCGCUGGAAAGGUUCAUGAAUCAAUUUCCAUACUCGAGGAUGCGGUUAACUUGAUGCCAAGUAUUGGUCUACGAUUUCUAAGACGAGAUGACCAGCAGCACAUACUGUCGGAACUUUCCGGGAUAGCGUCGAUUUCUGCCUCUGUGGCACUUCAGGCUGGUAGAGAAGCUUAUGACAGUCUCAAGUUACUAGAGCUUGGUCGUGGAAUAAUUAUGGGCUUUUCAAUGGACUCAAGAUCUGAUGUUUCGGAUCUUAAAACUGACCACCCGCCUGAAUUCGAAAAAUUUCACCGCCUUCGAAUUGAGAUUGACUCGCCAAUGGAUGGAAUGAGCCGUACAAAUGGUGAAACGCCCGAUCAAUAUCAAAACCGUGUUAUAUCCAGACGUUGGGAUGCUGUCAAUGAGAUGGAAGAAAUUCUAAAACACAUCCGAAGUUUACCAGGCUAUGGCGAAUUCCUGCUUCCACCUUCUCGGGAGGCUCUGAUGAACAUGGCCGCAAAUGGCCCCAUAGUUGUAUUCAACAGCACUGUUUAUAGGAGCGAUGCCAUAAUCGCUACCACCUCAGCGAUAGCUUCAUUAGAACUUCCGAAAUUAAAGUACGAAGAAACUGGCCACUGGAUGAGGCAAUUGGCAAGCUUCGGGCAAGGAGGGUUGUUGGAGUGGGCCCGGGAAAACAAAGUGAUGAAAGACCUCCUCGUUUGGUUAUGGGAUGCGGCUGUCGGGCCCGUUUUUGACUACCUUGAAAGUAGGGGCAUCCUUAUCAGUGGUGGUGCUCAUGACAACGAUUUGAAGCGGAUUUGGUGGAUUGGGGUAGGGCAAUUAGGUAUGGCACCCCUCCAUGCAGCUGGGGACCACUCGCGUGGGUCAACCCGUAACACUUUAAGUCGGGCCAUUUCAACAUAUAUCCCUACAAUCAAAGCCCUUUCCUAUGCACGCCAAACACAGCUUCAGCUUUUUGACAAAUAUGGUUCUUCAUUUUCAACGGAGCACUCCAAGAAAUCCAGAACUCCAAUAAAACGGAAUCUCCGUUUACUUCUCGUUCCCAUGUCAAAUACCCCCGGCGCUCCAAGCCUACCAGGUGUCCAUACGGAAGUUCGAUAUAUACUUUCUUCGGCAGCUAAAAGCUCUAUCGAGCCCACAGUAUUGAGAACUCCAACCCCGGCCAAAGUCCUCAAGCAAGUUCAGCACCAUGGCAUCGUACAUUUCGCCUGCCACGGAGUGUCUGAAUUCAACCCUUCAGACAACCAUCUGGUCCUGUUCAGCCAGGACGGUAAUAAGACUGAUAGACUCCUGGCUCGAGAUAUAUCGAAAUUGGUUGCGCAAAAUGCACAGAUUGCUUACCUUUCCGCCUGCUCCUCGGCCAAAAACCCCUCCGUUGAGUUAGCCGACGAAGUCAUACACCUAGCUAGCGCAUUUCAGCUCGCCGGGUUCAGCCAUACAUUCGCAAACAUGUGGGAAACCAACGAUUAUGCUGCCUGUGAAGUUGCGAGAGACUUCUACGACCUACUGUUCCAAAAUCGAGGAAACGGAGGAGACGACCACCAGCGGGUCUCUACCGCUUUUUACAAAGCUGUGAAGAAAGUUCGAGAUCGUAGCCCGGGCUGCCCUCUUGUAUGGGCCCCGUUCAUGCACACUAGUGCC